AUGGGAAGAUGCGCUACGCACGUUUACGUCAGCGUCAGCGUGCGGGGCGGUUGGACCGGGAUGGCUUCACUUCUCAGCCCAACACGUUCUGGGAAGAUGCUGACAGACCCUAAAAAUGAACGAAAAAUGACCUUUCUAAAUACACCUCUAGGGAACUCAAGAUUCAGAAACAACAUUGAGAAAAAAAUUCAUGAUAAAAAACCAUGCCAAGAACCUUCUGGAUUCAAGUCUGGACAAAGCCCUUUAAACAAGCAGACUUUAAUUAAGCAGGAGUAUGAUAAUUCCAAGUCCCAAGAAGAGGGAAAUCAAGGCCAUUCAGAGGGGAGCCAGCAUCAAUUUGAAGGAUCACAAGGCCAAUCAGAAGAGAGCCAGCACCAUUUAGAAAGAUUUCAAAGCCAGUCAGAGAGAUCUCGUGGCCAAGCAAAGAGAUCUCGUGGCCAGUCAAAGAGACCUCGAAGCCAUUCAGAGAGAUCUCGUGGCCAGUCAAAGAGAUCUCGUGGCCGGUCAGGGAGAUCUCGAAGCCGGUCAGAGAGAUCUCGACACCAGUCAGGGAGAUCUCAUGGCCAGUCAGGGAGAUCUCGAUGCCAGUCAAAGAGAUCUCGUAGCCGUCAGGGAGAUAUCGAGGCCAGUCGGGGAGAUCUCGAUGCCAGUCAAAGAGAUCUCAUAGCCGGUCAAGGAGAUCUCAUGGCCAGUCAGGGAGAUAUCGAGGCCAGUCAGGGAGAUCUCGAUGCCAGUCAAAGAGAUCUCGUAGCCGGUCAAGGAGAUCUCAUGGCCAGUCAGGGAGAUAUCGAGGCCAGUCGGGGAGAUCUCGAUGCCAGUCAAAGAGAUCUCGUAGCCGGUCAAGGAGCUCUCAUGGCCAGUCAGGGAGAUAUCGAGGCCAGUCAGGGAGAUCUCCAUGCCAGUCAAAGAGAUCUCGUGGCCAGUCAGGGAGAUCUCCAUGCCAGUCAAAGAGAUCUCGUGGCCAGUCAGGGAGAUCUCAUGGCCUAUCAGGAAUACAUCAAAAACAUUCAUCAGUAG